UUCUUAAAACCCUACUCAACCCGCGGCAGCCUUCGAUCAAGAGAGGAAUAAAAAGAUAGAGAAAAAAAACUCCGCCGUUAUUUUUCUCAGCGUUCUUUGUCCCCUUUAUUCUUUGUUUGAUUUGAUCCUUAGAAACCAAUAAUGGAUUUGCCUCAAAACGAUUUCGAUCGCCUCAUCUUCUUCGAACACGCCCGCAAGGCCGCCGAGGCCACCUACGCCAAGAACCCUCUCGACGCCGAGAAUCUUACAAGAUGGGGAGGAGCGCUUCUCGAGCUAUCACAAUUUCAGAACGGCACCGAUUGCGUAAAGAUGGUGACGGAUUCUGUUUCAAAGCUGGAGGAAGCCUUGGAGAUUAACCCGGCGAAAUCUGACACGCUGUGGUGCUUAGGAAAUGCUCACACUUCCCAUGCAUUCUACACUCCCGAUCACGAUGAGGCGAAUAUUUACUUUGCAAAGGCAACUCAGUGUUUCGAGCAAGCAGUUGAGAUGGAACCUGGAAAUGAGCUAUAUGUCAAGUCUUUGGAUAUGUCCUCUAAGGCACCUGAACUUCAUUUAGAGCUACAAAGACAGAUGGCUAGUCAACAGGCUCCUCUGGGAGGAGCAUCUGCUUCAAAUGCUAAGGCUUCCAAGAAGAAGAAAAAGAAAGAAAGUGAUCUGAAAUAUGACGUACUUGGAUGGGUGAUUCUUGCCGUUGCCGUUGUAGCAUGGGUGGGGAUGGCCAAGUCUCAGGUUCCUCCCCCACCUUCCAGGUGAACUUGAAGCUAUGGAGGAGGAAGAAUGUCUAAAACUCAGAGAUGUAUAAGCUCGGAGAAAAACUUAUGAGCAUAUAUAUGAUGUAGCUGAAAUCAUAUUCUGAUGCUUUAAAUUUUUGUUUUAUCUUUGUCAUCAAUGCCUGAUCGUAGGAAAGUCUUUUUUACCUGAAUAUUCUUUAAUAGUAAUAAGCUUUAUGGGUAAUUAAUUUAUCU